CACGAGAUACUUGAUUCCUCAGGCACCGUAGGAGCAUUGGUGGCUUGGAUGAUCAGCUAUAAGCCAGCCUUGUUUGGGUUCCUAUUCCUUCUGCUAUUGCUUAGCAACUGGCUGGUCAAGUAUGAAUUCAAGUUCACCCCCACAGAGCCCCAACAGGACAAGAUCCUUGAACGGCUUAUGUUCAGUGAAAUGAAGCUGAAGGUCUUAGAAAAUCAGAUGUUCAUCGUUUGGAAUAAAAUGAAUCACCACAAGAGGUCGAGCCGUCAGCAGAUGUUUGCCGCGAGGAAGCACAGAUCGAGGAGACCGGACUCCGCCUUCUCUGGCUACUCGGAGUGCACGUCCAACUCCCCCUGA